AUGACCAAACUGAAACAGUACCCGCUACGAGGUUACGACACUUUCGAAGAAGGAUCCCCCUCUGACCCAAGAAACGCAUCGAGUCAUACUCCCAUCUCGUAUCAACGCGAGGAUUCAGAUAAAUCCAGAUCUGCUGCCGUGGAGGCUCAACGGCUAGGCUCCAUGGGCUCCUGGGCAGACCAAUUUAGUGGAGGCACGCCGGCGACGAACAUGACGCCACCAGCGUCAACGGUGAAUGGCGAUGAAGAGACCGCUCAAAAUAUCCAAUAUCCUCGACUACUGCACGAUAUGGAUCCUUCCGACCCGCCACCAGUUUAUACGCCAGAAGCCAGUACAGCUGGCACGACGGGGGCACCUUCAUCUCCCGUAGCCACAAGGGUAGCCCCGGUAUUUCUGCCUGUA